CCGGAGGAGGGUCUGCUUUUAUUUUUAUAAACUGUUAGGCGAUUUUGUAUCUGUGCUGUGUUUUAUUUUUGUGUUUUAAUCAUGGAGAAUGAUAAAGAAGUGAGGGAAGAGAGGAAGAGAGAGAGACAAGCAGCUCUUGAGAGCGGAGAGAGUGACGUUGGCUUGUGUGGGUGGCUCCUGGUGCUGUUCUCCAUCCUUCUCACUUUGCUUACUUUGCCCAUCUCCAUAUGGAUGUGCAUCAAGAUAGUGAAGGAGUAUGAACGAGCCAUCAUCUUUCGACUGGGGCGUAUUUUGAAAGGAGGUGCCAAAGGACCAGGUCUGUUCUUUAUCCUUCCCUGCACAGACAGCUUCAUUAACGUGGACAUGCGCACCAUCACUUUUGACAUCCCCCCUCAGGAGGUGCUCACUAAAGACUCAGUAACAGUGAGCGUGGAUGGUGUGGUGUAUUACCGGGUGCAGAAUGCUACCUUGGCUGUGGCAAACAUCACCAAUGCUGAUGCAGCUACUCGUCUGCUGGCACAGACCACUCUUAGAAAUGUACUGGGCACAAAAAACCUGUCGGAGAUCCUGUCUGACCGUGAGGAGAUUGCCCACAGUAUGCAGUCCACGCUGGAUGGCGCGACCGAUGACUGGGGGAUUAAGGUGGAGCGAGUGGAGAUUAAAGAUGUUAAACUGCCCCUGCAGCUUCAGAGAGCCAUGGCUGCUGAGGCUGAGGCCACCAGAGAGGCCAGAGCUAAAGUGAUUGCUGCUGAGGGAGAGAUGAAUGCGUCACGGGCGCUAAAGGAAGCCUCUCUGGUGAUCGCCGAAUCUCCUUCUGCCCUUCAGCUGCGCUACCUGCAAACCCUCAACACAAUUGCGGCUGAAAAGAACUCCACCAUCAUCUUCCCUCUGCCUAUCGAUAUGAUGCAGAGCUUCAUGAAGCACUGAGCUGUCGUCCUGCUGUCUCUCUUUCUCUUACACACAACAGAACAAAAACGCAUUCACCAGUGUACAGCUCAGUUCAAAUUCAUACACAGUAACAUGCUGUUGCUAUGAUGCAGCAAAAGGUUUUUUACAUUUCUGUAAGCAUGUAGAAAGUAGAACCAAAUCUUUAAGUAAUGUGUGUUAGUAAGCUUUUUGGGACUAGUGAUCCGUAAAAGCUGCUUAUGUAAUCUUAGUGUGUUUUCACAAAUAUAUUACAUGUGAAUAUUGGCUUGUCAAUCAUUGUGUGCUCAACUUGCACAUUCUGAAGUUGUAGAGUAACUGGAAGCUUCUAAUUAACAAUGGCAGAGCUCUACAAGAAAUGUAGUCAACCAGCGUUUUUGGUAUCAGCUCAGUGGUUAACGUAAUGUACUAGUAAGCAGAGGGCUCCCGGUUCAAGUCCCACUACUGCAGAGUUGCCAGAGCAAGGCUCUUAACCAUCACUUGCUUGCAUUGUAUUAAGUCCCAAUUUUAAGCCAUUUUUGAUAAAAGCUUUAGUCAAGUGUAGUAAAUGUAGAGAACAUAGCAAUCUUGCCAAGCUUGUGCACCCCGAUGUCAUAGUAUUUUAUAGUUACUGUGUCCUAAUAUUUACAGUGAGGAUCAGUGUUCUAAUAUUGCUUACACACCUGACUGUACAGCUAUGUUAGGAUGCUACUGAUUAUUAACCAUAAAGCAGAUACCCAUUAACCAGUUUACCCAGACAGUGUGAAGUACAACAAAUGGAUUUCUCUAGAAAGAUUUUCCACACUGCAGUUCUGCCUUAAGACAGUUUCUUAACACAGCUUUAACCAAUUUGUACAACAAAUAUUUACUAAUAAAAUGUUGUCUUUAUCCUAAUAUUUCACUCCAUAUUUUAAAUUUAUGGGAACAACCUCCUACUAACAAGAUUAUGUCAUGAGGAAAGUAUAACAAUGCAAAGAAAUAGAUACUUAGGUUCACAAAUGCCUUUAGCUAGUGUCUGUCUGAUUGAAAGACAAGAGACGAACUUGGUUUUCAGAAAGGCAAGCCAAUCAGUCUUUCCUGGACUACCAGCUGAAGAUGGCUUUAACAGCGUCUGGGCUCAGGUUUGGUUCAAUACCGUAUGACAUGGGCUAAAACUUCUUUUUAAGCUUGAAGGCUGCUGUGUUAGAAUAAAAGUCCAUGCUCUUAAAUCAGCAACUUAAUACUCAAUUUAUUUGCUCACCCAGCAAAAUGUGACAAUUUAGGUUUUCUGCAGAAUUCAAAAGCCAUAUCACUGAGCAAAACCAGGAUGUGCUACUAGUACUAGUCACGAGGCUUCCUCUUUUCCAAACUGUUGUGAAGUAUUAAUGUGAAUAAAAAGGGAAAUGUAUUGUUGAUUAUUAUAUAUACCUGUGUGCCUAUUGCUCUUCUGAGCUCUUAUUUUAAUCAUUGUUGCUGUUAAAGCCUUUUUUACACAAAAUGCAAUGCUUACUGUUUUUACUGACUCAAAUUUCAGUGUCUUUUUUCAGCUUUCCAGCAUCUAUUGUAAUUGUUUUACUGUUUUCUCCUUCAAAUAUGAUGUUAUACAUUUUUUUCUCUGCUAUCAAGUUUGUUAAAUGCAUUAAAUCACAUAAUUAAAGAAAUCCAGAGCUGUGAUAACAUCCAUGCUGAUCUGAAUCUGAAUUGCUGACCACAGUUUAGGAUCUUUGGUUACUAGAUUUAUUGAACUGUGUGCAUGUUUGGGACCAUUUGAAGUAUUUUUGUAGUAAGUUAGCUUUUUGUGAAUGUGAUACCAGUUUGUAAGUCAGUAACAAUUAGUCUGUACCGCCAGCUAAAUGUUUUGUCUUAUUAUAAAUUUGAUUUGACUUA